AUGUAUAAUUACGAAAUAAAAAGUACUGGAAUUUAUGCUGGUGAUCAAGGUAAAAGUAUAGGUUCAUAUGGAGGUCAACUACGACGUUUAGCUUUGAAUCAAAUACAACCGUACACAACAUUUCAACAACAUAUACCAUUUGAUUAUUAUUGUCCAUCAGUUGAAAAGAAAUUAACAGAACGGACAUGUGAAAAAUGCAGUUUAUAUUUUCCAUCAAAAGCUGCUAAGAUAUGUCAUAAUAAAAUUCAUGGUAAAAAACGUAAAGAAAGAUUACCAUCACCGGAAGUCAGUUCAGAAGAGGAUCUAUUGAUUGAAUCACAAGAACUAGAAUCAGAUAGUGAAACAACAACAGUUGAUGAACCAAAUGAAUCAGUUGAAAAUGACUCUGGUGUUGAAUUAAUUGAAGAUUAUGCUGCUGGGACAGCUAGUUAUUUUUUAGAGCAGUAG